AUGGCUCCCGUCGGUGCUGGGGAUGAAGCCUCACUUCCCUCCAAAAUCCCAUUCUGGCGUCUGAUUUUCGAUCAAAAAGUUGUUACCCAAGAGGUUGCCCAGUAUCCCUAUUCGGGUUCCGGUACCGAGGAAGAUCCUUAUGCGGUGAUAUGGCUACCAAAUGAUCCGCGUAACCCGAUGAAUUUCGGGUUCUUUAAGAAGUGGGCGAUUACGAUUCUGGUAUCAUUUGUUACUCUCGCCGUUGCAUUGGUGUCUUCUGCAUUCUCGGGCGGCCUGGGGCAAGUGGUUGCUCAUUUUGGUGUCGCAGAAGAGAUUGCCAUCCUCGGCGUGUCUCUUUUCGUUCUUGGAUUUGCCAUCGGGCCGUUGAUUUGGGCACCCCUGAGUGAGAUCUUUGGUCGGCGGCAUAUCUUCACCAUCAGUUUUGCGUUUCUAACUGCUUUCAAUGCGGGUGCAGCCGGCUCACAGAAUAUUCAGACGUUGAUCAUUCUGCGAUUCCUUGCUGGAUGCUUUGGCUCCUCACCAUUUGGAAAUGCCGGUGGCACGAUCGCCGAUAUGUUCCCUGCCUCACAGCGUGGCAUUGCGAUUAGCUUCUUUGCUGCCGCGCCGUUUUUGGGACCUACCAUUGGCCCUAUCAUUGGAGGUUUUCUUGCUACUGGGGCUGGAUGGCGCUGGGUCGAAGGAUUCAUGGCUGCUUUCUCCGGUGCGCUCUGGCUAUGUAUCAUUUUCUUGUUACCAGAAACCUAUGCGCCUGUCCUCCUGCGUCGCCGAGCAGAGAAACUUUCUGAGAUUACUGGCAAAGUCUAUCGGAGCAAGAUCGAGAUCGAGCGCGGCCAUACUCCCCUAGGGAAAACUCUCAAAACAGCGCUCUCCCGUCCAUGGAUUCUGCUAUUCCGCGAACCUAUCGUCUUAUUGUUUUCCAUUUAUAUGUCUAUCAUUUAUGGUACACUCUAUAUGCUCUUCGCUGCCUACCCUAUCGUGUUCCAGGAGGUUCGAGGCUGGAGUGAAGGUGUCGGCGGUCUUGCUUUCUUGGGUAUCCUUGUUGGCAUGAUCCUCGCCGUUAUAUACACCUUCCCGGAGAAUAUGCGCUAUGCAAAGAAGUGCAGCGAAACCACCGAUCGCCUUCCUCCAGAAGUUCGACUGCCGCCAAGCAUGGUGGGUGGUAUUGCCCUGCCUGUUGGGUUGUUCUGGUUUGCUUGGACGAAUUCACCAAGUAUUCACUGGAUGGCGUCUAUUUCUGCGGGUGCACCAUUCGGCUUUGGCAUGGUCCUUGUCUUCCUCAGUGUGUUCAACUAUCUGAUCGACUCCUAUACCAUCUUCGCCGCAUCGGUAUUAGCAGCGAAUUCUGCACUCCGGUCCUUGUUUGGCAUGGCCUUCCCCCUGUUCACCACUUACAUGUAUGAAAACCUGGGUAUUCACUGGGCUUCAUCUAUUCCGGCUUUCUUGUCUUUGAUCUGUGUGCCUUUCCCUUUCAUCUUCUACAAAUAUGGCGCUCGGAUUCGACAGCGAUGUACCUUUGCAGCUGAAGCCGAUGCCUUCAUGCGCCGCCUCGCCGAGAAGAACCAGGCCGAGGCCCGAAAGGAGGCGAUUACCGGAAAAGAGGCUGAGAAGGAGACACCGACUACCGAAAUCUCCGAUGAUUUGCAUGAUUCUAGCGAUAGUGAUAGCCUAUCCACGGUCCCCUCGCAUGAUGUCAACAUUGCGCGGUAUGCUUCUCGAGCCUCUCGUCAAUCCGGGCGAUCGAUGCACCGGACCCUCACUGCAACUCAGUAUGAAGAGAAUCCUUACGACUUGGAUUUGGUCAAUACCCGACAGUCGGCUAUUAGUGGUCAUCGAAAGGAUUGA